UUUAUGGCGCUGCUGGUCGUAGUGUUUCUACUGCAAAUUGCCAUGGGAACGGUUUUGUUUUUCCGCAUGGACGAGCUCGACCUGAGAAUGUUGGCCAUCGUGAAUUCUGCUCUCACCGGCUACCAAACAGAGGCGGACUUGGAACGCGAUAAAGCUCUGGAUUAUUUACAGCAAAAGUUCACUUGCUGUGGUGGAUCCAGCUUCUCCGACUGGGAGUCAAAUGAACACUACAACUGCAGUAAUGUCGCUUCUCCCUCCAGCUGUGGAGUGCCCAUGUCUUGUUGUAGAGGUACUCGGGAUGAACAGUGUGGAUACGGCGUCAGAGCAGGAACUAAAGAAUACACGGAUAUGUUUGCCUACACGGAAGGCUGUGUGGUCGCCCUGACCCGCAUCUUUAAGGACAACGUGCUGGUGAUUGCGGGACUGGCAUUUUCUGUGUGUUUUCUCGAGAUUUGUUGUUUAGUCUUCAGUAGCAUUAUCUCCAAACAGAUCGUCUGCAGGACAUCCUCAAAGUCAUCCAACAAUAACACUAAUGUAUGGAAAUCUGACUCCAGGUCUACUCCAGUCCACAGUCACCGCUACUAUAGGUGA